AUGCCAGAUAUGGAUAGAAUAUCCAACCUCUACUUAGGAGCACUGGGAAAACCACUAGAGAUACAUGUGCUUCGAGAAUGGACAUCGAACUUCAGGAAAAAGGACACAUGGUUCAUCAUUGUGGACAAACAUGGAGAUGCAAUCCAACUACUUGAACAAAAAAAAGAUGAAACAACUAUAGAAUCAAAACUACUACUCAAUGAAUGCUAUCGCAUUACAAAUUACACAUGUACAACUCCAGAUAAAUACCAAAAGAUUCUAGAUCACCCAGUUCACAUUAACAUUGGGGAGGCAUCAACAAUUGAACAAAUAUUUGAAUGUCGAUCCCUUCUAAAAGUAUGGUUUCGAUUCCAACCACGUGCUCACUUACAUACCAUAGCUGACAAGAACAUCGAAUAUCCAGAUUUCAUCGGGGUCCUAAUAAACAUAAGGGAACGAAAGAAGAAAAACAAGGAACCUGUCAUGGCAAUGACACUUGCAAACGCAAAUGCUGAGGAGAUCACAAUACUUUUAUGGAAAGAAUGCAUAGACUCACCUACAAAGUUUGACCGGAAUGUCAUUAUGUCUAAUCCCAACACAUCUGUCAUUGCUCUAACAAAUGUCAAGGCAACAAUGUAUAACGGAAGCUUAACCUUAACAAGUAGCAUGGCAACAUACCUAUAUAUCAAUCCGCCAAUUUUUGAAACCGAAACUCCUCUUCAAAGGUUUGGAACUGAAUUUCGUCCAAGGCUUAGUCCCAUAGUAGUAACAACUACGCUACAACAGCUCAAAAACUCAAAUUAUUCCGACAUUGAGGGGAAGAAAUUCGUCAUAGAGGCUACAAUAACAGACUUUACGUUCAAAGAUUGUUGGUACCAUGUUCCUGGCAAUACCUAUGCAAAAUCAACACACAAAAAGGGAAAUGGGUGGUUCUGUAUAUCACAUGGAACUAUCAAUGAUCCAAAAAUUCUUUACAAAGUUUCAACUGUUGUCAUAGACAACACAAACUCAAUGACAAUUUUUCUGUCAGAUGAAGCCACACAAACAUUGACAAACGCUACCUCAGAAGAACUGAUCAACCGCAAUCUAAGUCAACCAAGGGAUAUCCUACCCCCAACAUUAGAGAGAUGCAAAGGAUCAACAAGAAAUUGGUUUAUACAAUGCACAAAUUUAUCAGCCACCAACAACAUCCGCUUCAUAAUCACCUCAACAAGUGAAACUGGAAAUCGAGAACCCAAGGUUGUCAUCCCUUCAAACACACCAGUUACACCAAUGACAACAACAGAACACAUUACGGUCACAACAAAAAAGUCGACACCUGUUGCAACAACACUCAAAUCCGAAAAACGGCUAACAUUGAUGCCACUUAUGAACAACAACGACUAA